AUGUUAAAUAUAUUCAGAAUAGCAGGGGAUUUGUCUCAUUUGGCCAGUAUUAUCAUAUUAAUACAAUCGAUUAAAACAUCCAAUUCUGUCGAUGGUAUCUCUAUGAAAACUCAAUUUUUAUACACAUUGGUAUUCAUCACCCGUUACUUAAACAUAUUCACCAGAUGGACCUCAUUGUACAACUUUUUGAUGAAGAUCUUUUUUGUUUCAUCCUCCAUCUAUGUAAUUGUCUUAAUGCGCCAACAAAAAUACAAGAACCCAGUCGCUUACCAGGAUAUGAUUACAAGAGAUGUAUUCAAGAUUAAGUUUUUGAUAAUUCCAUGUGCAGUUCUUGCAUUUCUUUUCAACUAUGGUUAUAACCCUGUUCAACUUUGCUGGUCUUUCUCGUUGUGGUUAGAAAGUGUUGCAAUCCUUCCACAAUUGUUUAUGUUGACCAAAACUGGGAAGGCUAAACAAUUGACCUCACAUUAUAUCUUCGCUUUGGGUCUAUACCGUACAUUAUACAUUCCAAACUGGGUAUGGAGAUAUUAUGCAGAAGGUAGGUUUGAUAAACUCUCAAUCUUCACCGGGAUAAUUCAAACUCUAAUAUACUCUGACUUCUUCUACAUCUACUACCAAAAAGUUAUCAAACUAGGCGGUGACUUUGAAUUACCUCAAUGA